AUGAAGAAGGAAAAGACUUUGUUUGGAUCGAUUAUAGAUGAGGGAGAAAAACCUACGGAAGAGGAGAUAAAGCGCAGGAGACAGCGAUUUGCUACCCAUUCUGCAGAAACCAGCACCCAGGUCUCACCUCGUGAUCUCUCUCAGCCGAUUGUGGGAACGUGUUGUAAACUCGAAAAAUCCUAUUUUCGACUCACCUCAGAAGUCGAUCCGUCCAAAAUCCGUCCGGAACCCGUUCUAAAGGAAGCAUUGCAUCGAUUAAAGAAGAUCUGGAAGAAGGAAGACCGAAAAACGUACGUAAUGGACCAACUGAAAGCCAUUCGUCAAGAUCUUGUGGUGCAAGACAUCAACAACGAAUUCACAGUCCAAGUCUACGAAUUCAACGUGAAAUGCGCCAUUGUGUGUAAUGAUCUGAAUGAAUUGAACCAAUGCCAGUCAAUGCUUUCAAAAUUGUACAAAACCAUUCCAAGCCCCAAAAGCCUUCGUUUUCUAUCUUAUAACAUUCUUUAUGACGUUAUCAUGAACAAUACACUCGAUAUUCACCAUCAUCUUGUGGUUGCACAACAUCACAUUACCGAACGUUGUAUCCAACAUGCGCUGCUUGUGGUCGAGGCAGUUCGGUCUGUAGAUUAUUUGUACUACUUGAAGUUGAUGGAAACUGCACCCAAGUAUGGUCGUGUGUUGAUGCAGCUCUAUUUACCUACGAUUCGUCGUCACGCACUCAAGAUUUUCCUUUCCUCGCUCUUUCCGAGUAUCGAAGUAGCACAGCUGGCUGUAAUCAUUUUAUGGUUUCAAUUGAUGUGA